AUGCAGAAGAUUAUAAAUUCUUCUAUUCGGGAGUCGAGGUCAUUUACUAAUGAUAUAAAACAAUCAACUAAUUUUUCAAACAAAUCAAAUUCAGUUGACUAUAAUUGUAUUAAAGUACUUUCACUUGGAUUAGAUUCUAUAGCAACACUUAGUAAUGGAUUAAAAGUUGUUCUAUCUGAAUCAUUAACACAUGUGAAAUCUUUUGCUGAUAAGGUUAAAAUUGUUGAAAAACUUAUAAUUAAUGAUAAUGUAAUGAAUAAUGAAGAUUUUAUUAAUGAAUUAUUGAGGGAAGCUAUCCAACGUGAUAUUACUAUAAAAAAUAUUACUAUAAAUUUUAUUAUUUCAACAGAAGGAAGGAUGGAACCUAACUGUAUUUCUAUUAAUCAACGUUUGUACCAAAAAAUAAUUAGAAUUAUUGGAAUUAAUCAUAAAAGUUUAAAACGUGUUGUUCUAAAAUUCAAUUGUGAUGGUAAAAUUCUUAUUGAAAGAAAUGGGAAUACAACCAAUCUUGUGUAUGAAUAUGAAUCUUCUUUUGGUGUUUUCUCCAAACUAAUAUAUCCUGUAUUUAAAGCUUUUAAAGCAGGAAACUCAAAGGCAUUUACAAAUUUUUUUCUAACUCUUAACAUCUCAAAAAAGGAAUCUCUUCAUCUUCAAAGAAUAUUUCAGGCACUUUUAGAAGCAAAACAGCGUCUGUAUUUAUCAACCCUUACCAUAACAUCACCAAAUGCAGUAGAUGUAGUAUUUAUUACAAAUUUUAUUAAAGAUUCUUUGUCAACAAUAACAUCAUAUAAAAAUCUUAAUACAUUAACAUUUAACUUUCCUCAAUUUAACGGCAGUUUGGAGAACAUUACUUUAUCGCUGAAAUCUAAUGUACUGCCUAAUUGCAGUAAAAUAAUAAAUGCUAGUAAGCAUAAUAUUAUUUUUGUUUAA